GAUGAUAUUUACAUUGUUACUAAUCAUACAGAAAAUAAAUGCAGAUUGUAUUGCUAAUUAAUUUUUAACAUUUCCAAAAUAGGCUGAAUUAGUUUAUGUAAACUUUAUCAUGAUAAUGUAUAGGCAGUUAAGAGGAUCACUAUAAAAUUAGAAGGUGAAUAUAUUAUUGGUUAUGGAGAUGAGUAUGAAGUGAGAGACAAAUCAAAAAUAUCACUUAAGUAAGUACCAUCUGGUAAAAUGUUUGCACCUUCUAAUUUUGAAAUUUAUUGUCCAGCUGUGCAUUAAUUAUCUAGAAAAGAUAGUAUUAAAUGUGAAAUCUAAUUAAACAUGGAAGAAGUUGAUGCUGCUUUAACAGAUCAAGCUGAAAUUCCACAAAAAGCUAAAUUUGUCAUUCCAAUAGAAGUGGAUAAAGAUAUUAAAUCGAAUCCAGUUUUUGAAAUAGAAAAUAACUUUUAGAUGAGAUUGAUGGAUUUAGCAAAAUAAUUAGAAAAACUAGCUUAUUAUUUAGAAUAUGAAAAUUGUGAUAUUCUUGUCUAUAUUAUCCCUAAGCCUUUAUCAAUAUCUUCAGAUUAAAUAACUCUUUUACAAAAAUAUUCAAAAUCAAUACCUGAAGGAGCUUCAAUAGAAGAGAUAUCAGAAUCUAGUAAAGGAGAGUUGUAUGUAGAAAAUUUGUCUCUAGAUACUAAUUCAAGUACUCAUCAUUACGGUUUAAUCGCAAUUGUAAUAGGAGUAAUAGCUUUGGCAGCCAUCAGAGCUUUUAGGUAUAGAUUUCUAUUAAUUUUAUAAGUAAAAAGAAGGAUCAAUAAAAUAAUCCUGAUUAACAACCAUUAAAUUAGCAGGAACUAUAAAACUUAAAAUGA